AUGCUUCGACAGAGGACCUCAGCAGCUACCGUAGCACGGCAUGCAAGGGCAUUUCAUAUCUCAGCUUCGUGGUUUCGACAAAUCUUGUACAGCUACAAUGACAUCAAAUCAGUGAGCAAGGCAUCGCCUGCGACCAAGAAGAUUAUCGAUGUGCGUGAACCAAACGAAUAUGCAGCAGGUGCUAUUCCAUCCUCUACCAACAUUUCCGUCAAGUCUCUGCAAGAAGCACUCUCUCUGGACGCACCAGACUUCAAGAGCAAAUUUGGCAUUGCGAAACCGUCUAAAGAGCAAGAUGAGGUCAUCUUCUACUGUCGCUCGGGUGUUCGCUCGACGGCUGCUGCAGAGAUUGCCGAGAAACUUGGCUAUAAGCAAGUUGGCAAUUACAAGGGAUCUUGGUUGGAUUGGUCAUCCAAGAGCGAGGGCGAGCAGGCAGGAGAAUCUAGUUCGCAACUCAAGCCUGGACCUGAUGGUAAGAUCCAAGGUGUUGGGGAAGGUGCAAAAGGUGGAAUUGACUUGAAAGCCAUGAACCAGCGAGCUCAUAAAGAAGCACAAGAAGCCGAAGCCACGCCAUUGACAACGGAUGGAAAGGAGUCGGAGAGUGUCAAAAACGGUGCAGAGAUGAAGGAGGGAAAGAAGUUCCAAUAA